AUGUCUGCGUUUCCUGCCAUACAGCCGGGCGGCUCUCUCAUAGUGGCGUGGCAGGUGAGGGACAAGCGUGUCCUGGUGGUCGGCGGUGGUGAGGUAGCUGCUGGUCGAAUUGUCCAUGCGCUAAAUGCGGACUCCAAGGUCACCGUCGUCUGUCCAAAGGCAGGUCUAAAUGACGAAGUCGCAUUUCGUGUGGCACAGCAGCAGGUUGACCAUGUCGAUCGAAAAUUUGAGCCAGAAGACCUAGGCGGCGUGGACAUGGUCUUCGUGGCCGUCGAUGACGCGGAGGCUUCUACUCGGAUUUGGAAGUUGUGUAGGGAGCAGCGAAUCCCUGCAAAUAUUGCAGAUGUACCCUCAGAAUGCAAUUUUUACUUUGGCAGUGUACACCGCGACGGGCCCCUGCAGGUGAUGGUCAGUACCAAUGGGAACGGCCCUAAGCUAGCCAGCAUCAUAAGGAGGAAGAUCGCGGCCAGCCUUCCUGGCAAUACGGGUGCAGCCAUUCAGAAUGUAGGGGUCCUGCGGAAAAAACUGAGGGCAGCUUCCCCGGCUGCCAGCGAAGGGCCAAAGAGGAUGAGCUGGAUCUCUCGGGUCUGUGAAUCUUGGAGCUUGGAUGAUUUGGUUGAUAUGACUGAAGAGGACAUGGAGACUCUACUUCAGCAUUUUGUGUCUGGUAACGUCCCAACCUUUGAGCAAGUGCGGCUUAAGCAAGGCGACAAUCUUGCGCCAUUUGACGGAAGCAUGGGCUGGAGCUCUUGA